AUGGCGGCGGCAGGAGCAGAGUCUACUGUCCGUAUGCCUGGGAUAGUUUUGUCUUCGUUAAUGUUUCAGCAUCUAAACAGCGAUUCUGAUGUGGAAGGUCUCAUUCUUGGAGAAAACCUUUUUGAUGAACAGGUCACCAUAAAUGACAGUCAGCCCGAUCAAAUUCAAAUAGAGGAAAUAUACAAUGUCCAGAAGCACAUACCAUGUAAACGGCUUCACAGUUUCUACAACAACACAGGAGAUGUUGAUCUAGAUGCACUGAAAGGGCUUCUGGGGGAUUGCAAGCCUGAAAGUGUGAUUGGGUGGUACAAGCAGAGAAGGAACACUGACCAACAAAUGACACUAAGAGAAAAGUCAAUUCACAAGAACCUGAAGAAUACCUUGUCCAAUCCGCAUAUGAUAUUUCUACUGUUGACGCCCAGUUACUUAACCCCAUCAGGAUCCACCCACAAAACAGAAUAUGCUGCGUACAUCUUACGUUGCAGGCAGGUGAUUCAUGUUCCAGUGUUGGUUAAUAAUUUGGGUUUGCUUGAGCCAGUGUCUUAUUGCAAAGCACCUGCUCUGUGCUCAGCGGUGGGUUACAAUCAAACUAUGAAGAAACACAGGUCAAAGUUCUUUUCAUCCAGUGGACUUCUAAAUGAGGUGGAGGAGAUGAACAGUAUGAAUGAUUCUCUGCAGUCAGAGUUAUAUAACAUGUCCCAAAAAGUUGAGAGCACAGAGAAGCAGCUUGAAGAACUUCAGGCAGAGGUUUCAGCUCUCCGAAGAAAGGUUAUGGAAGGAAAAGAAAACCGACUUCAAAAUGAUCCUCCUCUUGAGCCAAAGAGGAACAUGUUGCUGCACAAAGCUCAGAUCAACCAGACAGACCAUCAGAAGAAAAUACAGAGCUGA